UGCAAGACACAGAAAAGUGUUUCAUUUUACGUGAAUACAUUGUAAAUCCAUACCAUCGACAUCUGUUCAAUCCAUCCUAAACCCACCACUAUAAAGCAAUGGUAACCAUUGGGGUCAGUGUCAUGUCCAUAGAAGGCGGCGUGACAAAGGAUGUUGGUCAGUAUAUUCAAAUAGGACCCUGGACAAGAGCAAGAGAUGUCAUUCAGAUUGCACUAGAGAAGAUUCUUGGUUCUGGAGAGAUGACUUCUCAAUAUGCACUCUACGAAUCAGAGUUCUUUCGACCAGUUGCUGAACCAACAUCUCAAACACAUGCUCUUGGUCGUCGACGGUCUCAGGAUGUUGUACAACGCAGAAUUAUCCGAGCGUUAGAGCCUGAUGAAAUCCCACUAGUUGUUCUUGCUGGCUGGCAACUCUCCCCGCCCAUGGCAGCAACUUACUCAUUCUUUAUCAAACCAAUUGAUCAAGGUGCUACCACAUUUGGAACUUUACGGGAUGAACAAUGUCGCUCGCUUCCCAUGGAUAGAUUGCGCAAACGAUUAGCAACCAUUGCACAGGAUGAGGUGUUUGCUGAAGAAGAUUUGUGGGCUCGUCAUGCUGCAUUGAAGGAUGCAAUAUCUAUUCGUAUACAACAGUUUCAAACAAAGCAAUAAUCAUGACUGAGCACUUGGCGCUACAGCCGUAUUCACAUAAAUGGGUCAAUAAAUAAAGGUGCCAAAAUACAUAAUAAACCGCCAGUCUUGUGAAAA